GGCUGGGUCCAAAAUGGCGCUGCGCACGGGGAAGCGUCCGUGCGGCCCGGGUGAACACGGCCAAAGGAUCGAGUGGAGAAAAUGGAAGAAGCAGAAGAAAGAGGAGCAAAAGAAAUGGAAGGACCUCAAGAUGAUAAAGAAACUGGAGCGGCAGCGGGAGCAGGAGGAACAGGCUAAGAGGCAGCAGGAGGAGGAAGAGGCAGCAGCUGCCAACCAGGAAAACCAGGGGCGGCCCUAUACGCUGAGCGUGGCCCUGCCUGGCUCCAUCCUGGACAAUGCCCAGUCUCCAGAGCUCCGUACCUACCUGGCUGGCCAGGUGGCCAGGGCCUGUGCCAUUUAUCGUGUGGAUGAAAUCGUGGUGUUUGAUGAAGAGGGACAGGACAACGCGACUGUGGAGGGUGAAUUCAGGGGUGUCGGUAAGAGGGGGCAGGCAUGCGUGCAGCUGGCCCGGAUCCUGCAGUACCUGGAGUGUCCCCAGUACCUGAGAAAGGCCUUCUUCCCCAAACAUCAGGACCUGCAGUUUGCAGGGCUCCUGAACCCCCUGGACAGCCCUCACCAUGUGCGGCAGGAUGAGGAGUCUGAGUUCCGAGAGGGUGUCGUGGUGGACAGGCCCACCAAGCCCGGCCAAGGCUCCUUUGUCAACUGUGGCCUGAGGAAGGAGGUAAAGAUUGACAAGAACCUGGAGCCUGGACUUCGGGUGACCGUUCGGCUGGACCAGAAGCAGCUCCCAGAGAGCAAGACCUACCGGGGCAAAGUCGUGUCUUCAGAGGACCCCCGCACUAAAGCAGGUCUCUACUGGGGCUACACCGUGCGGCUGGCCUCCUGCCUCAGUGCAGUGUUCGCAGAGGCCCCCUUUGAGGAUGGGUACGACCUGACCAUCGGCACAUCUGAGCGAGGCACCAGUGUGGCCUCUGCAGAGCUGCCCAGCUUUCGGCAUGCGCUGGUGGUGUUUGGGGGACUCCAGGGGCUGGAAGCUGGCGUGGACGCAGAUCCCAACCUGGAAGUGGCCGAACCCAGUGUCCUCUUCGACCUGUACGUCAACACCUGCCCCAGCCAGGGCAGCCGCACCAUCCGCACAGAGGAGGCCAUCCUCAUCUCCCUGGCCACUCUGCAGCCCGGCCUCAUGCAGGCAGGUGCCCAGACCAAGACUGUGGAGCAAUAGUGACACUGGCCUCAGCACCAGCCAUGGAGACAGAUGCCGCAAGAUGGGUCCGAAACAGGCGCUUUUAAUGUCCCAGGGCCCCUGGCCCAGCCCUGUGCUGCCCUCACUUGGAGCCUGCAGUAAUGGCCUUCACGCUACCCGCCCGUGCCAGGAUGUUGGGCACGAAGAGCAGCCCAGAUGCCCGCUCGAUGCUCUCGAUGGGCACCAGGAAGCGCUCCAGCGGGGUAGUCUCGUCCACAGGUGCGUUGGGCAUCACAUAGGAGCGGAGCUCGAUCUGCCCGCCUGCUGCCUCCAGGAUGAGUACCUUGAAGAAGUGUGUGGGCACCGCCACGUGGUUCUUGCCGAUAACCUGGUACUUCACGUAGGACUUCCCAUCGGCCUCCGUCCUAUGGGGAUAUCCUGGGUGUCAGGGCUGUUGGGCCUUCCACCUCCAGGAAGCCUUCCUUCACUGGAUCUCUGGCUACUUAUCAGCUGCCUUCCAUGGCGCUAGAGCCUGUGUUCUGUUUGACUCUGGGAGACAGGACUGCCGGCUGGCCCGACACUUGCCCCUACCCUGGCCCCUGCCACUUGGCACCAGGACUAGCAGAGGGAGAGGGAACAGUAAACAUGGCGAAAACAAAUGA